GGAGAAGGCCGGGAAGAUGGCGGCCUCCUGGAGGCUGGGCUGCGACUCUCUGCUGCUGCGCUAUUUCCUGGGCUUCCGCGGCCGACGAAGCCUGGGGCUGGCUAAGGGCGCUGUUCUGUUAUCUGUCGGCCGUGGAGCUAGCUGGAGAUGGUUUCACAGUGCGCAGUGGCUGCAGGGUGAUCCAAUUAAGAUACUUAUGCCAUCAUUGUCUCCUACAAUGGAGCAAGGGAAUAUUGUGAAAUGGUUGAAGAAAGAAGGUGAAGCUGUGAGUGCUGGAGAUGCAUUAUGUGAAAUUGAGACUGACAAAGCUGUGGUGACCUUAGAUGCAAAUGACGAUGGUAUCUUGGCCAAAAUAGUGGUUGAAGAAGGAGCUAAAAAUAUACGGUUAGGUUCAUUAAUUGGUUUGAUAGUGGAAGAAGGAGAAGACUGGAAACAUGUCGAAAUUCCAAAAGAUGUUGGUUCACCAUCACCAGUUACAAAACCAGCAGUGCCUUGUCCCUCACCAGAACCACAGAUUGCUAGCCCUGUUAAGAAGGAACACACAGCAGGGAUGCUACAGAUCCGUUUGAGUCCAGCUGCCCGUAAUAUUCUGGAAAAACAUGCACUGAAUGCUAGCCAGGGCACAGCUACUGGCCCUCGGGGGAUCUUCACUAAAGAAGAUGCCCUCAACCUUGUCAAGCUGAAACAGAUGGGCAAGAUUACUGAGACCAGAGCAGCCCCAGCUCCUCCAUCUAUUCCCACAGCAUCUUUGCCUCCACAGGCCACAGCAGGGCCAUCUUAUCCCCGGCCAAUGAUCCCACCAGUUUCAACUCCUGGACAACCUAAUGCUGUGGGCACAUUCACUGAAAUCCCUGCUAGCAAUAUUCGAAGAGUUAUUGCCAAGAGAUUAACCGAAUCUAAAAGUACUGUACCUCAUGCAUAUGCUACUGCUGACUGUGACCUUGGAGCAGUUUUAAAAGUUAGACAAGAUCUAGUCAGAGAUGAUAUUAAAGUAUCAGUAAAUGAUUUUAUCAUCAAGGCAGCGGCUAUUACUCUUCAACAAAUGCCAGGUGUUAAUGUUAGCUGGGAUGGAGACGGCCCAAAGCAGCUGCCCUCCAUUGACAUUUCAGUGGCUGUGGCAACAGAUAAAGGUUUAAUCACACCAAUCAUAAAAGAUGCUGCUGCGAAGGGUAUACAGGAAAUUGCUAACUCUAUAAAGGCUCUGUCAAAGAAAGCAAGAGAUGGAAAAUUGUUACCUGAAGAAUACCAAGGAGGAUCUUUUAGUAUUUCCAACUUGGGGAUGUUUGGCAUUGAUGAGUUCACUGCAGUGAUCAACCCUCCUCAGGCCUGUAUUUUGGCUGUUGGGAGAUUCCGACCUGUGCUGAGACUCACUGAGGAUGAAGAGGGGAACACCAAGCUUGAGCGGCACCAGCUUAUAACAGUCACCAUGUCAAGCGAUAGCCGAGUGGUUGAUGAUGCACUGGCUACCAGAUUUCUUGAAAGUUUUAAAGCAAACCUAGAGAAUCCUAUCAGACUUGCUUAGUCUCAUAGACAAGAAGUUAAGUGGAUAGCUGUUAUCAGGAAACACACAAUAGGAAGAUGAUUAAGUAUUUAAGUAUGACAUGAAUGAAAUGCUUAUUUAUUUGGUGAAAGAAAGCCUUUGACCUGAAUUCUCUUCAUUUUCAAUGUUGGUUUAUUGUUGUAGAAAUAAAGGAUGAUAAAUGUAACUAAUAAAGGAAAGAGAAUAUUUGGUUAGUCAGAUCCAUUGUUAUCCUCUGGUGCUGUAUAGAAGAUGCAAAUCAAAUUAUAUGUUUGGCUCAUUUUGAGCAUUUUAGAAUACUGGAGAAUGUGUAUGAUGCAUUCAUUGUAAACUCAAAAAAUUGAUAGAACUCUAAUUGUGUUAAAGUUAGAAGUGGGAUUCAAAUAGAUGCCCAUUAAGUUAGCAGUGAGACCUCUUUUAUAAGCACUGCUCUAGAAAUACUUGAACAAUUUACUAUGUACGGAGGUUUAUUCUGGAUAAUGGUAAAUAAAUAAGGGUCACACUGCAUUAGGGUUGUGACAACAUUAUUAAAAUUGUUAUGUAUUCAAAGCCAUGUAUGUUUCUAACAGUCUUAUUUUUCACUUCUGUAACACUGUGAACUUCUAAAGAAGAAAAAAAUAAAGACAUACAAAUGAAGAGACCAAAAAAAGUUGCUUGGUUGAAUGAAAAACUAUGGUUAAAACAUCUAAACUCAUGCUGAGUGUUAAUAUGUUAAAAUAUAAUGUGUUACCUCCUACCAGAAGUCUCUAAGUUAAUG